UUCCAACCAAGGACAUACUACAUACAGUGGCAUUCAGUUUUAAGAUAAACAAAAAGAGACAUUUUGUAUGUAUGUGUUUGUUUACUAUUUAGGGAGGACAGAGAAGAAAGUGAUUAAAAACACUCUCCAAUGACGCAAAUGUGCCGUAAGAUUCUGCUGGGGGCGGGCUGUAGUAACUCGUGUGGGCGUGGCCAUGUGUUACCUACCGGUGAUUGACACCCGGGCGGUUUAAAGUCUCAAGAGUUGAGCUGCGCUCACAAACUGACCGGACGUCACUCCAGCGUUUUUUGGUCCAUCUAUUAGGCUUCCAUAUCACCAAGGUCUGAGUGUGUGUGUCUCUCACAGGAGGACCGGCGGGUGCAUGUUGCCUUGCAGGGGCUGUCUUUAAGGAUUUGUUGGAGUUGGGAAUUCACGGAAUGUCCUGGAACACCCUGGGCUGAUCGCUGAUUGGUCGAAAAAACUCCCACUCACUAACACACUCCAAUGUUCAGCAGCGAUCCAGGGACGGAUUCCGCCUCCAUCACCAAGAACAUGCUGCAGUCGUCUGAGCUCAGGUCAGGAUGAUGGCCUCCGCCGUUGCCGCGGGCGACCGCAGCAGGUCGCUGACGCUGCAAGGAGUGGACCCGGAAACAUGCAUGAUUGUGUUUAAGAACCACUGGGCGCAGGUUGUAAAAAUCCUGGAAAAACACGAACCAGGUCGCGCCGGCGCCAGUGCGCUGAGUUUCCUCUCUGGCCACGUGGGCAGUGGCGGCCUGCGCCUCAGAUCCAUCCCGCCUGAUGAGGCCAGCGCCGUCCAGAACUACGUGGAGCACAUGCUCUUCCUGCUGAUGGAGGAGGAGGCCGGCCAAGGAGGAGCGAUGGGGCCCAUUUUGGAGUUUGUGGUUCUGGAGGGCGUGAUGGAGCGUCUGUUCCUGUGGAGCUUGAGAAGACAGUUCACAGAGGACAUGAAACUGGAGCAGCUCAGGAUGUACCAGAUGCUCCUCACACAGGCCCGCCAGCCUCUUCUGCACCACAAGCCCAUUCUAAGGCCGCUUAUGACCCUGCUGGCUUCCUGUGCCGGUACCGGAGCAGACAGCGGCAGCCGCGUGGAGGCGGAGCUGAUCCUCUUGCUGAACCAGCUGUGCGUGGCACUGGUCAAGGACUCCUCGGUACUGGAACUGUUCUUCCACACCAGCGAGGACCAGGGCGCUGCCAACUUCUUGCUCUUCUCCCUGCUUAUCCCGUACACGCACAGGCAAGGUCCAGUGGGUCAGCAGGCGAGAGAAGCUCUGCUGCUCAUAAUGUCACUUUCGUCCUCCGAGUCUCGUGUCGCACAGCACAUUGCCCAGAACACGUACUUCUGCCCUGUUCUGGCCACAGGUCUUUCUGGUCUCUACUCCUCCCUGCCGGCCAGGUUGCAGGUUUACAGUGAAGAUUGGAACUGUCUGGACCAGGCCGACUGGCAACAGGUUCCUGCUCUUGUCCACUUCCUGCACUCGCUGGGCUUCUGCAGCGCCGUCACGAGCGUGUCUCAUCCUUCUAUUCGCUCCCAGCUGCUGAGUUACAUCCACAAUGGCUUCCUGGUUCCUGUGCUGGCUCCCGCGCUGCACAAGCUGACGGUGGAGGAGGUCAUGACCACCACAGCCUACCUGGACUUGUUCCUACGCACUAUCUCAGAGCCCGCCCUCCUACAGACCUUCCUGUCUUUCAUCCUGCUGCAUACACACGACAACGUGCACAUCCUGGACACGCUGGUCAGCAGAGUAAACACACCUUUUCAGCUAGGCACGGUGUCGCUGGCACUCUUCAGGACUCUGAUUGGCCUCUUCUGUGAGGACGUGAUGCUGCAGCUGGUUUUCAGGUUCUUGAUCCCCUGCAGCCACCUGAGCAAGAAGCAGAGCUUCUCCUUAAAGUGCACUGACUGGUGCUCCUCCAGCGCUGCGUCGUUCCUGCUCCUGCUGCCCUCCUGGUGUCCUGUUGGCCCGCCAAACAUGCUUCGAGCCAGUGAGCACAUCCGCUGGUCCAAAGGAGCAGACACGUUUGCGGCCGACAGCGUCGGUUACUGGCGAGGUUUGGACUUCCUGAUGGACGUCAACUACCUCCACUACCUCUCGGACGCCCGACAGGCCAUUGCCACUUCCUACAGGGCAUGUCAACGCUGGUCGGCGCCUUAUGAUGGCGACGAACCAGAAGUAGACCGAUCUGGCACGUCAGGGGAUGAGGAGGACAAUAUGAUACCGCGACUCAAGGGUGUAACUCCUCCCCCCUCAGGUGCUUCCCCCACUCUCUCCUCCGUGGACGCUGUCUUCGCUACUAACCAAGAAGGAAGAAGCUCGGUAUUGGAGCUGGAGUGGGACGACAUUUUUGCAGAUGACAAUGCUUCCUUAUCGGCGGCGCUCGCAAACAGCAUGGAGGUUGGGGGCUCCGCCCCUUUACGCACGCCUCCUCCUCGACACAUACAAGACAUGCGCCGCAGCGCUGCCAAGCUGGUGCACGGCGCUUACGUGGAGGAAAGCGAAUUUGAGGAGGAUGUUCUGGUCUAUGAUCUCGUCGCCCAGAAAGACGCCAAGGUUGCCAUCUUGGAACGUAUGAUGGCAGCAAAUCGGCGAGCACGUGGAGGUUUCUCUUUCACGCCAACAGGAAGGACUGUCCACGAAACAGUUAACGAUAUCAUGACGUCACGGAGGACCAGUGAGGAUGGAGGGAAGGAGGAAAGGAGGAGUGAGGAUAACGCAAAGGAAGCAAGGAAGGGAAGCAAGAACUUGGGGAAAGAAGAAGCAGAGGACGGGCAGCUGAUUCUCACCAAUGGCAAUCACAACAUGGAACAGAGUGACGAUCAUGACGAUGAUAGCUGCCAGUCACAUGACGCCUUGUUGACAAACACAGGCUCAACACAUAAGCUGCACAAUCUGUCUGACAACAAUAGCAACUUCCUGUCCCAGUACUACGAGCUAAUGCGAUCUUUAGGGGUGGAGCCAGAGUGUGACAACUUCCUGGACAUCAGCGCCUUCAGGAGGCGUGUUCAGGGGCUGACGCAAAGACUGGAAGAGGAGGAGGAGCCAUGUCGGGACUUUAGUUUGAUCUCCGGAAAGGGAGAAGAGAAUGAGAAAGAAGAGGAGGAAGACAGGGGGAAACCCAUCAUUCCGUUUACAGAACAUCAUGAUGCCUCAGGUCCCUUCAUCAGUGUUCUGUUGUCCCGCUUGGAGAACCUUUUGGAGAACUCCAUCGCAGUCAACUUGCUGGUGACAGGGCUCCUUGCUCAGCUGGCGUCGUACCCACAACCACUGCUGAAAACAUUCCUGCUCGCCACACAAACACACCAGCAGGCUGGCGUGCGCACACUGCACCAGGUGCUGGUGUCACUUAAAGGCCAAAUCGAGCGCUACAUCCAAGGGCGACCAGAGUAUCCCUCCUUGGUGACGCAGGCUUGGAGGUUCUUGUUGGCUAAAGACCAAGAUAACAAGGACCGAGAGAACCUGCUGUUUGAGGGAGACGACAUUCUGGAGCAUUCUCUUCCCAACGGCUCUGUGAGGAACGUGCUCUCAGCGCCCCCCAUUUGUCUCCUGCCACCCUGCCCCACCAUCCCGCCUCAGGACAAGAGCAGAGUGUUUGCAAUUGUCUUGUACGCAGAGUUUCUCAAAGAGCUGGCCGCAAUCGCCCUGGAGCAUAGCGUUGCUCCCGAGUCGACCGCAGAGGAGUAGACAAGAGAAGACAAAAUAAUUAUGUAUUUGUCCUUUUAUUUAUUUAAACGUCCUGAGAGCACUUGAAUUGAUGUAAGCCCUAUUUUUUUAGGAAAUACAAAAACUUCAUGAAACUUUUGUUUACACAAACCCCCCACACACACCCACACUUUUUCAGCUGUCUAUUCUACUACACUACUGGAUGCUGCAUCGCCAUGGUAACAAGACUGGAUGACCAAUCGAGUGCUGCUACCUAUUGGUGACACUUCUUUCAUGGAAUCUUGGCAGAUAAAAUGAUUGCAAGAUGAAUUACUAUUAAACAUGACAC